AGGCACAUCAUAAAUAGGACUGGCGAGGCUGAGGGCUUCAUUCAUUGCAGACAGAUAGAGAGAGAGACUGGUCAUAGCAACGGGUGCAAAGAAAAGCUAUUUAAGGCUGGUGCUGAGGAGUUGCAGCAGCUUAGAGUGAGCUGAAAGGAGUGCUCAGCAGAAAGGACUCAUACACUAAACAGUCCAAUCCUUACACCAUGGACGUUCUGAGGAAAGGUUUCUCAUUUGCCAAGGAGGGAGUGGUGGCUGCGGCAGAGAAAACCAAACAGGGCGUACAAGAUGCUGCAGAGAGGACGAAAGAAGGGGUUAUGUAUGUAGGCACCAAAACAAAGGAAGGAGUUGUACAAAGUGUGAACACAGUGACUGAGAAAACCAAGGAGCAGGCCAACGUGGUUGGAGGGGCCAUGGUAGCCGGAGUCAACACGGUGGCCAACAAGACAGUGGAAGGAGUGGAGAAUGUUGCAGCAGCCAGCGGGGUUGUUAAAUUGGAUGAAUUUGGUAGAGAAAUUCCUGCUGAACAGGUGACUGAGGGAGAACAGACCUUGAAGGAGCCACUGGCGGAAGCAACAGAGGCCACUGAAGAGACUGGAAAAUGAGGAGCCAUCGAUUUCUCAGAAGAUUCUGGGAGCACUUCCCCUCUCCCCUAAACGUUCACACCAGUGUUGCCAUAAAGAAUCGAGGACCACAGGUGUCAAGCCCCUAAUAGCUAACUAUAAAGAAGGGGAAUUGUCCAAAUCCCUUUCAUUUCCAGUCACCUCCCUACUCUCAUUCCAUGUGUCCCCCUCAGUCACCAAUUUAACACAGUCCCUUAAACAACCAACUUUGAGCUGCUAUUCGUUUCAUCACAUCCACCCUGUAGUCAGUCGCCUGUCUAUCAUCACUCACCUUCAUAACAGCACUUCUGUGUAUCCAUAGUCUGCUUUUAGUCACCGAAUUACAUUGACAGUUGCAACUUGUGAUAAGUGCAGUGCAUGCUGCCCAAAUGGCUUUGUGUGUUAGCAUUUAAAUGUUCUGAGCACAUGCAGGUUUUAUAAUAAAUAUCCAAAUUAAAAUAAACUUUAAUGGAGCACUG